GGCGGAGCAUUGUUGGAACCCAGGAAUGGAGGAGUGGAGGUGUCUGGGAGGGAGUGAGUGAUGCACGAUGCUCCCACCAGAGACUACGCCCUCCCGUGCAUAGCUGGUGUUAAAUAUGGCACCGAGGCCGACUUAGUGGCUCGUGUGGGCUGCAGUGAGGCGGUGAGAGAGAAGGUGUGACAAAAGAUAUGGCGUCGAGUAGCCCGCACCCAGACACCCACCAAGACACACCUCCGGAUUUCACUCCCGUCGUCUCCUCCACCUCCUCCACCUCCACCUCGCCCUCACCUCCAGCAGUCACCAUGGCGGGGGCGACGGCUGCCAGUCCCCAGAAGAGCUCACACCAACAGGGGCAGCCGUUCGAGCCCCUGGACAAGGCCGCCAGCCAGACCGUCAAGCUGAACCCCAAGCUAGAGUUGAGCCGGAAUGACCUCCUGCGGCUCCUCUCUUACAUGGAGGGGGAGCUGCAGUCCCGGGAUGUGGUCAUAGCCACCCUCAAGACUGAACGCGUCAAAAACCUCCUCCAGUAUGGGCGGGUGGGACUGAGUGACCCUUUCCUGGCACUGCAGAGGGACAGCAUCGGCGGUUCGGUGGUGCGGGGUGGUGGGGUGAACGAGGCGGAGCUGCGGGCCCUGGAGGAGACGCAGUUGGCCCAGCUGGAGCACCUCAUCGCCCAGCAGCGCAAGGCUCACCAGCGCAUGCGGCAUGUGCUAAGAGAGGCAGAGAAGCGACACUCUCGGGUGGUGGCGGAGCUUGAGGAGGAGAGGAGAAAGCAUGAGCACGACACAGCUCAGGGGGAUGAUGUAACUUAUGCCUUGGAGAAGGACCGCACUAGACUGAAACAGCCUGAGUUGAGGAUACUUAAGGAGCUUGAAGCAGAAAAGGCAGCCAAGAAGAAGGUAGAGAAAGAGCUUAGAAAAGUACAAGAAACUCUAGAAGAGGAGCGAGGCCGUCAAAAGCAGAUCAUCUUGAUGCUGGUGGAGGAGAGGAAAAGAUUGGCGUUACAAUAUGUCGAGGAGAGGAAACGAUCAGAAGACCUUGCCCAGAUCCUUUCUGAAGAGAAGGGACGGAUUGAUUCCAUGGCUGAAGGUCUUGAGGAGGAAAGCAAGAAGUCCCUGCAGAUGGAAGCUGAGUUGGAAAAACAGCUGGCUGAUUUUGAUACUGAGCGACAACAGAUGAGAGGACAGCUGACCAAAAAAGAGGAAAGGAUCAGUGAGUUGGAGGCCCUUCUAGAGAAGCAGCAGCGGGAGGUGGACCACUACAAGAAGCAGCUGCAGGAGGCACAUAAUGUUGCUAUGUUCCAGCAGACGUUGUCAGUCUCGCCACCCCGCAUCGGCAUUGCCACCCGCCCUGCACCCCCCCAGCUGCCCGCCAAGCCUGCAACCCUCACCCAGCCCCAGCCCAGGAUGCCGGGUGCAUUAACUCCUCCCAAGAUCACUCCCCGUGUAAGAGCAUCUUCUCCAGGCCUGGAUGAGGUCACGGGAGUACCGCUGAACAUGGGCCUGAGUGUGGCCCCCCAUCACGUGUCCUCUGGCCCUGGUGCCACCAACCCUUCCCACAGCGUUCCUCCUGGGGUAGCCGCUAUGAGCAGUGUGACAAAGGCGGUACAACUCACUGCUACAGUCAACUCUGUGCCCGUGGCUGGCCCAACUACAGGUAUUGCACGAGGGGUCCAGCCAGGCGUGGGGCUGCGGCCGGUGAUGUACAGCGUGUCAACCUCAGAGGUGACCAGGACAGUGACCACAGCAGCCAAGAGCUACAGCGUAAGCGAGAACGAGGCCGGGUGGACGGGAGGCAGCGAGGGUGAGGUGCCGGGCAGCUUGGCAGGAGGGGUGCCGGGGGCGGUGGAGCGCGGGGUGGUGCGGGUGACAGGCCCAGCAGGGGAGGCCAGGAGUCAGGCUCAGGUGGUGCAGGUAACCCCCCGGGUGAAUGUGUCUGCCUCUCCUGGCACCAAGGUGAUAACCACCACCCACGGGGGCAAGGUGACCUUUCACGUGACCACCAACGCGCCCACCACCACCGCUGCCCCUGCACCCCCAGCCUCCAAUGGGCAGCAGCAGCAGACCCUAACCCAGACCUCAACCAUGAUCAAGAAGCCUCCACCACCCACCAGAUCAACCCAGCCUGGGGGACCACCACCACCUGUUCCCCUCAACAAGCCCACAGCGGCCCCACCCGUGCCCCCCAACAAGCCAGCGGUGCCCCCUAAAAAAGAUCUGGUGACACGGGUGGGGGCGGGGGGACAGGGGGUCUCGGUGGAGCCAGGUACGCCCAUCAGUGUUGAGGUUAAGCCGCAGAAAGUUGGACCACAGACAGUUAAGUUUGGCAUCACAAUAUCAAAGACAGCAGCGAGUGGUGGCGGAGGCCAGCCGGCGGGCUCAGGUGGAGGCGGUGGCCAGGCAGUGGUGGGUGUGGGGUCUGGGGGCUCUGGAGGGGGAUCGGAGACCCCCGUGGCCCCCUCAGUGGAAGGGGGAGCGGUGUCCCCUCGCAGAGACGCGGCGCAGGUUGGUGGAGGCGGCCCCCCGGUGCAUGCCACUGCCUGUGUGGACUCCCUCUCUCCCGAACUAGAGCACUUCCACCAGUUACUCAUUAGCAUGGCAGGUUCCUCAGACGUAGCAGUCCCAGCCAUAUCAAACCUAACUUCCCCCUCCAACCCCUCCUCAGCCCCAAACACACAUGUCGUCUGUUCGUCCCCCUCCCAAAGCCCAUGUGCAUCCCUGCCCUCUGUUUCCCCCUCUGGGCCCUCCUCAACACACCUGCCGUCCCUCUCCCCUCUGCCCCACCACUCCAUUUCCCUCAACACUGACCACGAAGGACAUGCCUCUCUGUCUUCCCCCAUCGCCAUACCCCUCUCUUCCCCGCCACCCUUGCCUGCUUACAGCUCACUCAGUAGUCCCUCCUCCGUAGCAGCUGCCUCCGUCUCUCUCUCCCAGUCUUUGCUGUAUCCCCCUCUCCACUCGCCCCUCCCAGCGUCCCCUGCAUCCCGUCUGUCAGAGUCAACCCCUCAAAGUAGCGCAUCCCUGGGUGCAACACCUUGGAUGCCAUCAUCAUUAUCACCAUCAUCCACCAUCAUCAACACCCCCACUGCCACCACCACCACUAACACCACCACCACACUCAACUACCACCACCACUCCCCUAUUGCCACCUCCAUCACCUCCAACACAGUCACAACUUCUAGCACCACCACCACCACUACUUCAUCCCUGUCUGGUUCACUGCCACCUCCCUUGCCACUUGGUGACUGCCCUGUUGUCCUCACCCCCAUGGAGGGAGAGGACCUGGAGCCCCCACACUCUCCACUGGAUGUUUCAACGCCGCUCACCAUGGAUGGGAUGACGGCCCUCCACAUCGCAGCACAGGGCAACAAUUGGCAGUCAGUGCCAGUACUUGUGAGGUGCGGCGGCAGUGUUAGCGCUGAAGAUGAUGAAGGCCGCACCCCUGCUUACUUGGCCCUCCUGUAUGCCUGCACCCCUGCUGCCGCUGCCCUUCUAGCAUUCCCACAAUCCUUAGAGCACACCACCAAGGAUGGCUGCAACUACUUACAUGCUGCAAUAAAGUCAGCUGAGGCGGAGUGCGUGGAGGUUCUACUGCAACACAUCCUAGCCACCGAUGAUGGACCACACCUCCUCCACUGGCUGGCUAGCGGGCCUGACCAUCGAGGCAGCACCCCCUUGGCCCUGGCUGUGGCCCACCCCACUGCUGACCUGCUGGCUGCUCUUUGUCAUGCUGGGCUAGACCUCCCAGCCUUGCUGAGUCAUGAUCCCAGCUUGUUGAAACUUGCAUCUCCUGCCUGUCAUGCCCUGUUCUCCACUUCUAGUCAGAGUGAAAGCACUUGUUCUGUGUGGCUGGAGGGGCUGGACCUGGACAGGGUCACAAAUGGUGAUGGAGGCUGCAGCCACAAGCAAGAGGAUGAGUUUGAGUCAGGCAGCGGCAGCAGCAGCAGCAAUGAGUAUAGGGAGCGCUGGCCCAUUGGAGCGGUGAGGGUGACCACCACCACCCUUUGGGCUGUGCUGGAGGAGGCCCUCACCUCCCUUGCUCUGCACCAUCUUGACACACUGGCCAGAAGUCACGGCCCGAGUAGUGUCAGCAUGGGUGGGCGUCACAGCAGCGGCAGUGGCAGCAGAGGUGAGCGGCGGCGUUCAGACCCAUUGCAGGAAUUGGAGGUAAACUCACCUCACCUCGGCAUCACCAAGGCAGCGAUCAGUCACUUCUCCAUCGGCCACCACAGAUGGACACGGGGUGAGUAUGGAUUGGUCAGUGGACCGUGUGACCUCCUAGCAAACACUGGCAGCCAGGACAUCUGCAUCCACCUGAGAACCUUUGAGGCAGCUGCUUACUCCCUCCUUGUGCCUGUGCCUGUCCUCAAGAACUACCUAAGACUGAUGGAACAGUCUCAAUGUGUGGUGGUUUACGGCCCGAGGGACAGUGGCAAGUGCUCCCUUGUGAGGUGCCUGGCUCACCUCAAGGGCAGUGGCAGUGGUGUUGGAGUCACCAGGAUUGACCUUGCUCGGGGUCGGGCAGCCAGCUUGGAGUCAGUGCGUGGCGUGGCAGAGAGUGGCGGGAACUUGGUGUUGGAGCACGUCUCAAGGGAAGCCUGGCCAGCAGUGUGGGCCAUGAUGCAGGGGAUCUCUGGGGGCACAGUGCUGGUGACCAUGGAUGCAUGGCGGCGGCCAGGUGGUGGUCAGCUGGAAGGGGGUGUGCUGUGGGUACAACUCCGCCACGACCGAGAGCCAUUGGUCUCUACCCUCUCCCGCUCCCUCAUGCGCCUGCUAGCGUCCCAGCAUUCUGGGGUGCUGCCCUCGCCAGCCUCCCACACCCAGCGCAUUGUUGAAUGGGUCACUGCUGCCUGGAGCCGCCUUGCUGCCACACUCAUGUCCCUGGGCUUCUCUUCAGCACUCCAUGGUCCACAUCUCUUCACUCAAGCACUGUGUGGAGCUGUCAGCCCCAGGGACAUAUUGAGGGGUGUGAAACACCUUUGGAACUCUGUAAUCAGUUCUGAGAUUCGCACUGAGGUGGUGAGUGUGUGGCGGCGGUCCAGCGUGGGCGGAGAGGUGGAUGAGGCGCGUGUCACCAGCAUGGCGCUGUAUGUGGUGAUCCAGCGCAGCCUGGCCCCCGGCCUUCCCCUGCCACCCCCACAGGCGCAUGAUUUUCUGGCAUCGCUUGAUGGUGGUCUUGGGCGAUCAGCUUUUCGAGGUAUUAAGUCAAGUGUGCCAUCUUCCCGGCCCAAAGACCUUCCUUUGGACGUGAUUGGCAGCCCCCUUUGGACAGGUUCAUCACAGCAGGUGGCAGAGAUACCUCAGCAGAGCGGUCCUCCUGUGGGUUUGUCCUCCCCCACCUCGCCAGAGUGGGAUGAAGCAAACCUCACCAAGAUCUUAGGUCUGUCUCCCAUGGGCUACACGUGACUGUGGCAUCUUGUUUCUUGACUUACCUCAUAGGAUAUUUAUAGUUCCGAAUGACUGGAGACGUGGCGUUGCAUUCUUUCCCAGACAUUGCACAUGCCUUUGAAACUCGUUCAACAAACUUAAGGUUUCCUUCAGUGUUUUAGACUGUAUUAUACAGUGUCAACAGAGCAUUUCCUUGCUCUUUUGAUAGACACUAUUGAGAGAGAGAGAGAGAGAGAGAGAGAGAGAGAGAGAGAGAGCAGUUUUUAUUAUUUAAUGCAAAGAAAAGAUGGCUAAUGUGGUUGAGUUACAUCUGGCAUUAUUGGUCAACACUGGCAGUGUAUAGGUGCUAUGUGUGAUUGUUACUAUUUAUAGGCAAAUGAACAAAGUAGGCAAAUUUCUACAGAGUUUUAAGGCAUGUGUUGAAUGUAAUAGCCAUUGCUGAGUGGAUGUCUGUUUCUAUCAUUCGUAGUGAUAAUCACCCCAUCUCUAUCCCCCUAAUAUAUUGGAGCAGCUUGAUGUGAUACUUGCAUUUGUUCUUCCAGUGGUUUGCGCUAUUUUUCCUUUCUUGAUGCAGAGCUUUUGUACUGGUGGAGUGAGGAGCAACACCAGUGUGCAUGGCUGGAGGAGGACAGCAACUCAUAGCUUUAAUAUUAACCCUGUAAUGAGUGAUGCCCAGCCCCAGAAACUAGUCUAGGGUGAAAUAUGGCAGUGUGUCCCUCUCACCUGACUCUGUGUCAACUCUUAGGGCUUGUAUACUUAAUGCAGAAACCUGCCUAAGGAUUCCAAGUACAUGCCGAAUUCUGCUUAAUGAAUCACUGGUGACAUUUUGUAACCUGAAUCCCGCUCACUCUGUGAACAUCAUAUUGAUCUUCCACUCGAAAGCACUAAAAAACAAUCCAAUACUCCUUUUGUGUAUUAGAUUAUGUAUAACGUGGAGAUGUGAACUAUGAUAAUUAAUUGUGGGCUAUUUGCCGGUGAAUUUGAUCAGAAUGUCAUAUUCAGUGGUGUUAUGGAAUUUCCUUCUCUUUGUUUCACUCAAUUAUAAGUUGUGUGUGUUCGUGUGUGUGUGUGUGUGUGUGCGCGCGCGCAUGUGUGAGUAUGUGUGCAUGUUGGAAAUGAUAUUAAGCCAUAAAUCACUGAAAUAUGCAUGGGAGUGAUCAACAGUGGGUAAUGAUACUCUAGUACUUGAGGAGACAGCGUGUGCCCCUGAAGUAAGCCUAGGCCUCCCCGUGGAAGUAGUGCUGCAACUCAGACCUGAUCCCCCAACACAAUCUCAUUACAAGGUCUUGUGAUCUUAGGGACUGAAAAGAUGAAUGACUCCCAUCGUAUUAGUUUCAGCAAUACACUUAUUUUGCCUUAAAAAUUAGUCUGAAUAACAAUUGUGCAUCGGGAAUGAAAUAUGAAAGGAUAUGUACACUGUAAACACAUAUUGGUGGUACGAUGCUGAUAAUGGAGGAGUGGAAAGGUACUUAGACCAACUUGCUUUCAUCAUCAUCACAUGUUUUGUAAAGAGUUGGUGAAUUGAAGGGUAAAUUAGGUAGCUACUUCAGUCAUGUGUUGUAGACAAGGAGGAUCCCCUUGCAUGCCAUAGUUAUUUGUGUCACAUUGUUCUGUUACUUAUUUUUUACUAGAAUUUAUCUCAUCAUGGCUAAAGAUAAGUAGGUUACUUUAUGAAACUCAGCCUAUUUUUCAUAGGAACAUUAUAGGUUGAGAGGCAUUGAUUUGCUCACUGUAAAUUAUUGUACUGUAAUUUAAUAGGUUGAUAAUAUGCAAGAAACAUGUAUAAUAAUAUCAUCAUAUAUUUAUGUGGCAUUAGGCUCUAGAGUGUAAUGGAAAUAUAUUCCCAGAUGGAUAUUGUAUCAUUUGAUCAUUGCUAGAAGCACCUCUUGAAAGACUGUCAAGUAGUGGUUCAGAUAAAUCAGUGGGUGCCUUUGAUCAGGUGAAAAACUGGCCAUCUCACCAAUUGUUCAUGAACUCAGUAGUGAAAUGUGUAGUAUUUUUCAUCUCCCAUAACUCUAAGCCAUUAAGUUGUACAUGGGCAUCUAUACAUGAACUAGUGCAGCUACAACCUAUUCAUUCAGUCUUGCAAUUCCUCAAGGAGUUGUUUCAGUUUUGCACUGUUUACAGUCUGGUUCAGGAUGAGGUCAUGAAGUGCCAUCCAGGAAUAUGUUCUUAAUUUCUGCCUGAAGGUAUCCCUGGAGAGCCUGUGGCCACAACCUGGAGGAAGAAUGUAAAUGAUGUGUGAAGGGACACUACAGUAUUCUAGUGUUUCUCAAAACUAAGAGCCAUGUGUAUCCAAAGUGGGACUGUUCAGCUCCUGUUGGACUGAACCCACGAGAGACCCACUACCUGUGUUGGACAUUCCAGUACUGUCCAUUUGAUUCACUAUUCCUCUUCUGUAACAAAUCAGUCAUCACAAACUGCUAAGCAAGUUUUUCCAUUACUCAGGAUGUCUUAAGAGAGUUAAGCUGUCUUGCUCUUCAUUUAAAUUAGGUAUUUGUACAUCCCAUCCUCUUUAAUUGUUUUGCGAUUAUGGGGCAUUUUGUUUUCUCGAGAAUCUCUUUUUUUUACUACAACAGAAAGCAAAUACAGCAGGGAUGAGGGAGACUUUAGCAUCAACACAAUGUCUUGGGACAUUCGUGGUGGUUAAGAAAUAAAUAUAAACAAAGCUUUUUACCAUGAUUUUAACUGGACAUAAUAGUAGUACUGCUGCUGUUGCUACCACACCUGCAGUUAAGAAGUCGAAGGCAACAUACAGAUGUUCCAGGCAUUCAAUUGCUCCACGUGGUCCACUCAGUGACAGUACAUUCAUCCUAAUUUGGGUGAAAGGAACUUCAUUUUAAUCUUCUGUGAAGGGAGGUCUUCAUUCUCUGCAUUAAACUUCAUGAUUUACAUUUGUUACUAAUUGAUGUGGAAUUAUCUUUUGUAUCUUCAUGUAAUAGAAAUUUUCCAAAGAAAUUGGAAAGCUAAAUAUUUUUUAUGCAUUCAUUCAAAUCAUGUGAAGGAAACGGGCUGCAAAUGAUUAAAUUAUGCUUUCUUGUAAUGUUUGUUGACCUGUGAAUCAUGAUUUUUAAAAGUAUACCCUUAUUGAUAAUAGUUCCAAUGUUAAAGUUUGUCUGAAUGUUUUACCACAACAUUUUGUGUCUUUAAAUUAUUUUGAGUACUAGCAGAGUAGGUGUAGAUAGUAACCUGUUGUGCCAUGUGUCAUUGUACAGCAGGCAACAUGAUAUUGUGGCUGAUACUUAGAGCACAAUAGAGAUGAUCAUGUAGGCAGCUGUAACUUUUUGUUGUUGUGGGACACCUGUCAGACCUGAACCUAGGCAGUGUGCAUGGAAGACAGUCAUUGUGAUGUGAUACCCAAGUUACUCAUCCCAGGGUGUGGCGUGGCACACUGGGAGGCCAUCUGACCGACACAUUCAUGCAGCUUUACCACACACCUUUUUGUAUGUAUGUACUUAUUUUGUCAUCUGAACCAGUGAUAAGUCUUUACUGUUAAAUGCAGCAUUGUGUUGACACAAUAGACCACUUUCCAGUGACCUUUUUACUGUCAGAGGGCAGAGGAUGGUUUGUCUGGCUAACAAACACACCCAAGAGUCUCCAUGAUGGUGUAAAGGUAGAUUCUUUGUCAUUCUCAUUCAAAGGCAAAUGUUUGAUUGAAUCUCAGAAACUAAAUCACUAAUCUAUUCAAAGCAAACCUAUGAGUUCUCAAAUAUAUAUCAAACAAAAUGUAAGUAACAUGAUUGAUAUAAAUGAGCUCUCAGUGUUUCAGCACUUAUUUUGGUUUGAAAUAUGUGUAAAAUGCAUCAGGCAUUUAAUAACACUUUGAAAUAGAAUUUGAAUGAAUGAAUCUGCAAGUGGAAAGUGGUCUGUUGUUUGCAAGGCUGACCUCACUACCAGCUUGCCCAAGUCUGGUGUCUGCCUUACCAAAGGAGGAGGGAAGGUCCUCCUGCUAUUGUCUCCCCCUCAGUUUUGUAAACUGGCAUAAUUUUGUUAAGAAGCACAACUCAUUCUCUUAAGUUACAGAAAUCUUAAACAAUUGAUAUUUUAUUAUUUUGCUAGAAACAUUUAACUUUUUUAAUUAGCUUUAUUAUAAAUAGCAUUGAAUGAUGAAUGUGACAUUAUUUUACAGUAAUGAAGCAUUGAUCUGUGAAGAAGUUUACAAAAAAAAUUAAAAGUUUUGCUUGUCUAGGUGUUUCCAAUAUUUUUUGUACUGAGCAGGAACUUUGUAGAAUAUGCAAUACUUGUUUUGUUUAGUUUGAAUAUGCUUUUUGUUAUCAUUGCCAUAGUGUUGAUACCUCCUUGCAAGUGUAAUUUAUAGUUUUGAGUGAAGGGCUCAGGUAUGGAGCCUCAAGCAACUCUGUAGACACACUCAAGGUCUACCCCUGGCCUGCACCCUGCCCCUCCUCCUGCAGCAUGUGGUGUUACUUACACAACUGUGGAAUUAUCAGGUGUCCAGCAGAUGGGAAAGGGAGCACAAUGAGGCACUCUUAAUUUAGUGCAGCCUGCCUUUAGUGCUUCAGAGCAACUAAUCAUCCACAUGGGAACACUGAGCACCCCAGAAUGCCUCGCGACACUCUCCUAGAGUUUACUCAUGCCGUUUCCUUGUGCACAUCACAGCUAGAUAAGGUUCUAGUGGAUUCACUGAGCCAUUGAUCUAAGAAACAUUCACAGGACGAGCCCCCUUUCCUGAUGGCAUUAGCACAGGAGUAGAAAUGUUCAUGCAAAUACAUUUAUGAAGGAAAUGUGACUUUGGAUAUGCAAUGUAAGAAUGUGGCAAGUGAAGACAAGGAAGAACUAAGGCAAAGAAGACAUUCCUCUACCACACACUGGGAACUUUUUUUCCUCAUGAAGACAAGAUCUGCAGGGACAGCACAAGGGAGGUGAAGGCAAUGAGUAAAUGAGAAACCUCAUCGUAUAGUUUGGAAGUCACUAGAGAACAAUUCAGCAGAAAGUGGGGCAGUGAAUACCACGUGGGGAAGCUGCUGGGGAGGAGGGGAAGGCGAGGCGUGCUGGGCAGGGACAAGGAUGAACAGAAGUGUGCAUCACUAUCAGGAACAAGUUGCAUGAGAUGUUUUCAUCAAAAGAAUCUUCGUGAUUGUAAAUGUAUGUACAGACCACUGUGUAAACAAAAGGUAUGUAUUUUAAAAUGUACAAUUAAUGUAUUUAGCUAUAAUAUAGUGUACAGUUCUUUUUCCUAAUAAAAUGCAAAGUUACA